AUGGACCAGGAUGCCACCCCGGCUGCCCGAAAGCGAUCAGUGGACGACAUCGAAAAUAACAUGGGAACCGAGACGCCUCUCCCCGUCAAAAGAAGAAGAUUGGAUGGAGCAGCAACAAGCUCACCCUCAACCCCAAGAGCCCUCACGGCCGUUGCUGCAGCUAUCUCGAGCGUCUUUGGAUACGGACGUCAGUCGCAAAGAGAUUCCGAGGGCAAUGGAUCGCCUUUGACGACUAAUUCGACCGUCCCCAAGCCUCCCCUGAACUCCAACAAAAACAGCCUUCCGCCCAACCCAGCCGCUCCAGUUGCGUCGCCGGUGAAGCGUCCUGCCAUCAAGCUAGCAGCACUGAAAGGGACGAUAUGGGACAAUGGUGAUCUCCCCGAAACUAAGAAAGGGACUGUCCCAAAGCGCCCAUUCAAGCAGCCCGGGGCAGCAAGCAGGACGUCAGGUCCGCUACCCCCUGCGUCUGUCUACCAACCCAAGAAGGUGACAGCACCCGCGCGCAAGACCGGCCCUACCGAUGGCAACAAAGUAAACCCACCAAAGGGUAUUCUCACGCCAACCAAGAGACGAGGCCGACCCCGCAAAAACGUCACGUUUAACCGAUCUGCGGAUGGCGAAGUGUACUUUGAGGAUCUACCCAAGACCCCGAAGGCAACAAAACCACGAACGACCAAGGCGCAAAAGACACAGCAAGAGGAUGACGGCAUUCUCUGUGAGAUAUGUUCCAAGCCGGACUCGGAAGCGCCAAACGAGAUCAUACUGUGCGACAAUUGCGAUUUCGCUGUGCAUCAGCAAUGCUACGACGUCACCGAGAUUCCCGAAGGCGACUGGUUGUGCAAGUCUUGCUCUCAGGAAGAUGUGCUAAAGACCCCAAGCGAGCCCGCCCGUGCGGAAGCCAAAACGAGCGAACCUUUGCAUGCUGUUGAGGUGCCCGACAUAGUCAACUUGGAUCAGCAUCUGCGAGGCUUUCAGCGUGUGCUCCUGGACCGGUGCUCAGGACGGCGGCGAAUACGCAUAUUCGGACAAGAGGAGUCUCACGAGAAGGCGAGGCAACUUGUCGAGCAAACUAUUGUAGCGGGAGAGGGUAACUCAAUGUUGAUCAUUGGGCCACGUGGGUGUGGCAAGACGACGGUAAGAGAUGAAAACGAAAGCGAACAAGGACGUCCAUCAAGUUAUACUAAUGAUGGCAAUGCCAAGUUGGUGGAAAACAUCAUGGUUGACCUGUCAAAAGAGCACCGGCACGAGUUCCACGUAGUACGGCUCAAUGGAUUCAUCCAUACUGAUGACAAGUUGGCCCUGAAGGAAAUUUGGCGACAGCUCGGGAAGGAGAUGGAGGUUGAAGACGACCUACUAAACAGAACAAACUAUGCAGAUACGAUGGCAUCGCUUCUGGCUUUACUCUCACAUCCCUCCGAAAUCAUGGGCACUGAGGAAAACCUCACGUCUCGGUCGGUGGUAUUCAUCAUUGACGAGUUUGACAUGUUUGCCGCCCAUCCCAGACAGACGCUACUGUACAAUCUCUUUGACAUUGCGCAAUCUCGCAAGGCCCCGAUCGCUGUGCUGGGCUGCACCACUCGCCUUGACGUGGUGGACAUGCUUGAGAAGCGAGUCAAGAGCCGAUUUAGCCACCGCUAUGUGUAUCUUGCCCCCCCCAAGUCUCUGCCGGCAUUCUGGCAGAUCUGUCGUCAGGGCCUCAUGAUUGACAAAGCCGAUGUCGAGAGCGAGGGUAUCGACGUUGAUGUGGAGGGUUUCAUUGAGUUCCAUAAGUACUGGACUCAAAAGAUAGAGGCGCUCUACAAGCAACGACAGUUCCAGCAUCUACUACAGUAUCACUACUUCACCACAAAGUCUGCCGCCGCGUUCUUUACGGAAUGGAUACUGCCCAUAUCGUCACUCUCAUCGAAAGAUCUUACAAUGAACAGCCCGACCCCAUCGUCUCCGACGACCUCGUUGGCGCCCCCAGACUCACGGCUGCACUUGUUGUCGACCCUGUCGGAUCUUGACCUUGGCAUACUGAUCGCUGCAGCGAGACUAGACAUUGUGGCACACACGGAUACGGUCAACUUUGCCAUGGCAUACGACGAGUACAGUUCGAUGGUGGGCAAACAACGGGUCCAGUCGUCGACUGCAGGAAUGCUGGCCAUGGGCGGCAGCGCUCGGGCAUGGAGCCGCGGCGUCGCGGGAAUCGCAUGGGAGAGGUUGGCCGCGCUAGGACUCUUGGUGCCUGCUGGAGUCGGCGGCAGCAGGUCGUUGGGACACGGGGGGCUGGGCAGCAAAAUGUGGAAGGUGGACGUUGCGCUUGAGGAGAUUCCGACAGCAGCCAAGCUGAGCGCGUCCUUGUCAAGAUGGUGCCGGGAGAUAUGA